GUCAUGUGAUCAGCUGUGUCAAAUCACAGCUGAUCACAUGGGACAUGUACACUGAUCAUCAGGGCACUGAUGAUCAGUGUGCCCUGAUGAUCAGUGUAGCCCGAGCAGUGCCACCUGUCAAAGUCCAUCAGUGCCAGCUGUCAGUGCCAUGUGCCAGUGCCUAUCAGUGCCGCUUCAAUGCCACAUUUCAGUGCAUACUAGUGCACAUCAAUGCCACAUAUCAGUGCCCAUCUGAGCUGCAGUGUCAUCCAUCAGUGCCAUUCAAUGCCACCUAUCAAUGCCAAUCAGUGCCACCUAUCAGUGCUGCCAAUCAG